GUUAAAAAUGGCCCAAUUGUAACCGAGCCCAUCUUCAAUUUAGGGUUUUCCAUUUUGUCUUCUUCUUUACUGUAUAGACAAACUGAAAUAUUUCCCAACUCCGACACCACGAAACAGUUUCUACAAUGGCCAUCUUCAAGUAUCACCAGUACCAGGUUGUGGGUAGAGGUCUUCCCACUGAAACUGAUGAACAUCCUAAGAUCUACAGGAUGAAAUUGUGGGCCACCAAUGAGGUGCGUGCCAAAUCCAAGUUCUGGUAUUUUUUGAGGAAGCUGAAAAAGGUCAAGAAAAGCAAUGGGCAAGUUCUUGCCAUCAACGAGAUUUAUGAGAAAAACCCUACCAAGAUUAAGAAUUAUGGAAUUUGGCUGCGAUACCAGAGUCGGACAGGAUAUCACAACAUGUACAAGGAAUACCGCGAUGUUACACUAAAUGGCGCUGUUGAAUCCAUGUACAAUGAAAUGGCAUCCCGUCAUAGAGUCAGGCAUCCAUGCAUUCAGAUCAUCAAGACCGCUACGAUCCCAGCCAACCUUUGCAAAAGGGAAAGCACUAAGCAGUUUCACAACUCUAAAAUCAAGUUCCCCUUGGUGUUCAAGAAGAUUAGGCCCCCAACCAGGAAGCUCAAGACGACAUACAAGGCAACAAAACCAAACAUGUUUAUGUAAUUCUCGGUUAAUUACAUAUUCUGCUUGGUGUUUUGAAGCUGUUUGAUUCGUUAUAAGCAUAGGAAGAGGUUUUUGUGAAGGUGAAUCACAUAGUAACAAGCUCUGGAUAUUGAGUUUUGGAAUUUUGGUGUCUUGUUUUGAUUGUUAUUUUAUUUUGCUUAUCAUUGAGGAUUUGUUCAGAGUUGGUUUUGAAUCUAGAGAUUUCAUUUUGACAUGAAUAAAUGUUUUUCAUUAUGUUUUUAUUUUGAAGUUUUUCUUUUGGUGACUUGAAA